AAAAUUUCAAUAUAAUAUCGAUUAACUAAUCGAUUAAAUAUCGAGGGAUAAUAGUCUUAUGUACGAUAUACGAUGGAUGUAGUAGUUUUUAAUAGUGAGCUAAUUUAGAAAUGUACAAAGUGUUUGUAAAAUACAAUUCCAAACUUUAGUACAGAGUGUAUGUGAUUUUUUUCGUAUUCGUAUAGUAUUUCGUUAAGCGGUUUAAGUGAACAAUUGUAUGUAGUAUGUCGCAGUUUCAUAAAGUCGAAAUAAAUAGGACCGAAUGGGAGGUUCCGGAACGAUAUCAAAUGUUAACGCCAGUAGGAUCGGGAGCUUAUGGACAAGUGUGUUCAGCACUUGAUACAAAAACUGGUCAAAAAGUAGCAAUAAAAAAAUUAGCCAGGCCAUUCCAAUCAGCUGUACAUGCAAAACGCACUUAUAGAGAACUUCGUAUGUUGAAGCAUAUGAAUCAUGAAAAUAUAAUUGGUUUAUUAGAUGUUUUUCAUCCAUCUUCUUCUUUAGAAGAUUUUCAACAAGUAUAUUUAGUGACGCAUCUGAUGGGUGCAGAUCUCAAUAAUAUUGUAAGAACUCAAAAACUUUCUGAUGAUCAUGUACAGUUUCUUGUUUAUCAAAUUUUUCGCGGUCUCAAAUAUAUUCAUUCCGCGGGUAUAAUACAUAGGGAUUUGAAGCCUUCUAAUAUAGCUGUAAAUGAGGAUUGUGAGCUCAAAAUUUUAGAUUUUGGAUUGGCUAGGCCUACAGAAAAUGAAAUGACUGGUUAUGUUGCUACAAGGUGGUAUAGAGCUCCAGAAAUUAUGCUCAAUUGGAUGCAUUACAAUCAAACAGUUGAUAUUUGGUCUGUUGGAUGUAUAAUGGCUGAACUAUUAACAGGGCGAACGUUAUUUCCGGGAACAGAUCACAUUGAUCAUCUAACACGAGUUUUAGUACUCUGUGGAACACCCACAGAGGAAACUUUAAGCAAAAUUACCAGCCAAGAGGCAAGAAACUAUAUACAAAGUUUAUCUCCGCUUAAAAAGAAGAAUUUCAAAGACGUUUUCCGCGGAGCUAAUCCUUUAGCUAUAGAUUUACUUGAAUUAAUGUUAGAAUUAGAUGCUGAAAAACGCAUUACAGCAGAACAAGCUUUAGCUCAUCCAUAUCUUGCACAAUAUGCUGAUCCAACUGAUGAACCAGUAUCUUUACCUUAUGAUCAAAGUUUUGAAGACAUGGAUUUACCUGUUGAAAAAUGGAAAGAACUUGUUUAUCAUGAAGUUAUAAAUUUUGUACCUCAACAAUUACCUACAAUAGCUUCGGGUAUUGAGUCUACUUCGUAAGAUUAUGUUGAUAGCAUAAAUAAUAUAUUAAGAUAAGUAAGAUAGUAUAGUAAGAUAAUAUUAAUAAUUAAUAAUUAAAACAAAUAUGUAUGUUAUAUACAAAAAAUUAUUGUAUAUAAUAUGAUAAGAAACAGUUAAUCAUACAAAUUUAUUUGUAUUAGAGGCAAAAUGUAUAUUUUUGUUAAUGACAAUGUACAAGAAAUGCUAAUAUUUUUCACGUUGAGUAUAUUAAUUUAGAAUAUAAAAUUAUUGAAUAUAUGAUAAAUUAUACAUAUUCAUAAUUGUAUAUGAAUCAUAUAUUCACAUGUUUGGAUACUUUGAAGCUACAAGUGCACUUUAA